AUGUCUCGAAAAAAGCCGAUAAACCUGACAUUGCCGGGUCCGAUCCGUCGCCCACCGAGUAUCAUCAUCGACUCUAUUCAGAAAAACUUGGAUACAGAUGAUCACGAGAAAAAAAAACAAGAAGAGCGGGAACAGCAAGAAGAAAGACUCAGAUCUCAACUGACGGUGCAGAGCAAACUCGGCAAAUAUGGAGAAUUCAACGACUCCAUGUUCGAGCUAGAUCGAGAACUGGGAGCAGGAAAUGGCGGAUCGGUAGAGCGAGUUGUCCACAAAGAAACGGGAACGAUAAUGGCCCGAAAGUUGAUCCAUUUAGACACGAAUGAGGAAAUGUUCAAAAAGAUCCUGCUCGAGUUGAAUAUCCUCAAAGACUGUAAUCACAAACGAGUGGUCGCUUUUUACGGAAGCUAUCAGUACCAAAGGUCGCAGAUUCGAAUCUGCAUGGAGUACAUGGACGGCGGAAGCUUGGAUAAGGUGAUCACAAGGUUUGGAAAGCUUCACGAAUCGAUUAUCGGCGCUGUUGCUGCUGCUGUUGUUGAAGGCAUGACAUACAUCAAGAAAGAACACGAUAUAAUCCACCGAGACAUCAAACCAUCGAACAUUCUUUGCAGCACACAGGGAGAUAUCAAACUCUGCGACUUUGGCGUUUCGGGACAGCUGGUUAAUAGUAUCGUUCAAUCAUUCGUCGGAACGAGGAGUUAUAUGUCCCCCGAAAGAAUCAUUGCGGAUCACCAAUACGGUGUAUCAUCUGAUAUCUGGUCCCUGGGACUUUCGUUAAUGGAGCUUGGAUACGGCACGCAUCCUUUUCCAAGAUUAAAGCCAGAUGAAAUUGAAGAGCUGAUGCGCUUGCCUGAAGGAACUCCCGCGCCUCAGCGAGCAGUGCAUGUUGAUUUCAUCGAUAUAUUGGCGGAUAGAGUGGAGAACGAUGCGCCUAAGUUGAGCUCUGAGUUCUUUGGACCUGAUUGCUGCGAGUUUAUUGACGCUUGUUUGAGAAAAGAGCCUGAUCAGCGGCCAACACUGGAUAGUCUGUCCAACUUCAACUUCGUCAAGCACUACGGAGAGACUAUCACUGUCCAGACCAUCGCCACCUACGUCAAGAAAAGCUUGAAUGGCGAAUAG